AUGAUAGGUUCCAUUUUGCCCUUACCGGCUCCUCCUUCUGAUGGAGACCUUGGGCCUCUUCCAGAAUCCCAAGUGACUGAACCUAAUAACGAUGAGAAACAAUUGAAUGAGGAGCAGAACAAAGCCAACUCCGUUGCAACACAUACUAGGGCUAUUGGUAUCAUUUAUCCUCCUCAAGACAUCAGAAAUAUUGUUGACAAAACUUCCCAAUUCGUGGCAAAGAAUGGACCGGAGUUUGAGAAAAGGAUCAUAGCUAAUAAUACUGGAAAUGCAAAGUUCAGCUUUUUGAUUUCCUCAGAUCCCUACCAUGCAUAUUAUCAGCAUCGAUUGUCUGAGUUCCGUGCCCAGAAUCAGUCUUCUGGACAGCAACCUUCUUUGCAGCUUGAAGAUUCUGCAACACCUGAGUCAGCCCCACCAGCUCCAGCUGCAGAUGGUGAAACAGGAGCACCAAAGCUGGAUCCCUCUGCUCAGUUUAAAUCGGUGCUUAAAGUUCCUGAACCACCAGAAAAACCCGAAGCUGAGCAGUAUACUGUCCGGCUUCCUGAAGGGAUUACUGGGGAAGAGUUGGAUAUUAUAAAGCUCACAGCCCAGUUUGUAGCUCGAAAUGGGAAAUCAUUUUUGUUAGGAUUGACAAACAGGGAAACGAAUAACCCCCAGUUCCAUUUUUUAAAACCUAACCAUAGUAUGUUUACACUUUUCACUUCUCUGGCUGAUGCUUACUCAAAGGUGUUGAUGCCUCCGACGGGGUUGACAGAGAAGCUUAAGAAAAGUAUUGCAGACAUGACAACUGUGCUUGAACGGUGUGUGCAUCGGCUGGAGUGGGAGCGUUCACAAGAGCAGGCAAGGCAGAAGGAAGAAGAUGAGAUUGAGCUGGAAAGGAUGCAAAUGGCUAUGAUUGAUUGGCAUGAUUUUGUUGUGGUUGAAUCAAUAGACUUUGCAGAUGAUGAGGAUGAGGAUUUACCUCCUCCAAUGACCCUUGAGGAGGUUAUAAGGAGAAGCAAGGUCACAGAUAUGGAAGAAGAUAUUGUUGAGCCUGGUAAGGAGGUGGAAAUGGAAAUGGAUGUAGAAGAGAUGCAGCUUGUUGAAGAGGGCUUGAGGACAGCCAGAAUUGAAGAGAAUGGUGAUGAAAAGAAGAAUGAGAAUAAGGUGACAGAUGAUCCAGAUCCACCAAUGAGAAUUGUGAAGAACUGGAAGAGACCUGAAGACAGGAUCCCUGCUGAAAGAGACCCAACAAAGUACGUCAUUUCACCAAUCACUGGAGAGCUUAUCCCUAUCAAUGAGAUGUCUGAACACAUGAGGAUUUCUCUCAUUGAUCCAAAAUACAAAGAGCAAAAAGAACGGAUGUUUGCCAAGAUUCGAGAGACUACUCUCGCCCAGGAUGAUGAAAUCUCAAGAAACAUUGUGGGCCUUGCACGAACCCGUCCUGAUAUUUUUGGUACCACAGAGGAAGAAGUUUCUAACGCUGUCAAGGCUGAGAUUGAAAAAAAGAAAGAUGAGCAACCAAAGCAGGUCAUAUGGGAUGGUCACACUGGAAGCAUUGGCCGCACAGCAAAUCAAGCCAUGUCACAGAAUAUCAACGGAGAGGAUCAGAAUGAUGUUCUUAACAAUGAUGCAAGGAAUCUUCCUGGUCCUGCAGCUCCUCCUCCAAGACCUGGUGUGCCGUCUGUUCGCCCUCUACCCCCACCACCAGGUCUUGCCUUGAAUCUACCUCGUGUUCCUCCAAAUACAGCCCAGUAUUCUGCUCCAUCUAGCGGUGGCCUCCCUGUACCUCCACCAAGGCCAUCAGUUGUCCAAUAUCAAUCAGUUCGACCACCUGGACCUCCAAUGCCCAUGAGUUCAGGACAGCAAUCCCUUUUGGUGAAUCGGCCACCUCCUAUGCCACCAUCAAUGUCUAUGAAUCCAUCUGUACCACCUCCACCUGGUUCGCAGUUUACACCCAUGCAAGUUCCCCGAUCUUAUAUGCCUCUUCCUGUUCCUCCACCUACAAUGCAAAUGAUGCCACCACCACCUUUGCCUCAGGGGAUGCCCCCGCCACCACCACCUGAGGAAGCUCCUCCACCGCUUCCAGAAGAACCUGAGCCAAAGCGGCAGAAGCUUGACGAUUCUAUGCUUAUUUCAGAAGAUCAGUUUCUGGCACAGCAUCCGGGACCUGUUCGAAUCACAGUAUCUGUCCCCAAUGUUGAUGAAGGUAAUCUGAAGGGACAACUUUUGGAGAUUACGGUGCAGUCCUUAUCUGAAACUGUUGGGAGUCUGAAAGAAAAAAUUUCUGGGGAGAUCCAGCUUCCUGCAAACAAACAGAAAUUGAGUGGAAAGCCUGGUUUUCUCAAGGACAAUAUGUCGCUUGCGUAUUAUAAUGUUGGAGCAGGAGAAGCACUUAGUCUUUCAUUAAGAGAGCGUGGUGGAAGAAAGAGAUGA